UCGCCAGCUCUCAAAAAUCCCUCCAGGUGGACUAAGUAAACUGAAAAGAGGCGGUUUCAGGUUUUCCGCUUAAGCGCUCGAGCAAAUAAAAAAGGCAGGCGGUGAGGUCGUGCUCAUUAGACUACAGCUCUGUCGCAAAGAUGAAUCGUCCUCUUUUCCUCGCGCUUGUCGCCUGCACCUUCAUCUCGCGCGCCCGCUGUGCCUCAGACGCAGUCGAGUGGUGUUACCAUCUUUCGGACUGCAAUGACCCCAACUGGCCCACCAUCGCGCCGAAAUACUGCAAUGGCUCCCGGCAGUCUCCCAUCAACAUCGUCUCUGCGUCGGCCACAGGGGACUCGGGCCUGACCGCCUUCACCUUCCACAACUACAGCAGCACAGUGGCGCUGACAAAGAUCACCAACACUGGCAAGACAGUCAAAGUCACCCUGGCGAGCGGCGUUCAGGUGUCUGGAGGAAAGCUCUCUGAGGCCUAUGACAGCCUGCAGUUCCACCUCCACUGGGGUAACACCUCUUCCAUGCCUGGAUCGGAGCACACUGUUGAUGGGAAGCGCUACCCCAUGGAGCUACAUAUUGUGAAUUCCAAGUCCUCCUAUAAUGGGAACACUAGCCAGGCCAUCACUGACUCCACGGGACUUGCUGCCCUUGGCUUCUUCAUAGAGGAAAUGUCAGGUAAUGCAACUGCGUCACCUUCAAGCUGGCACACCUUGACAUCCUACCUUGCCAACAUCACAGAAGCUGGUCACUCAGUAAAAAUGACUCCUGGAAUUUCUCUGGAUGACUUGCUGGCCGGGGUGGACCGUACCAGCUACUACCGCUACCUCGGCUCUCUGACCACCCCCACUUGCAACGAAGCUGUGGUCUGGACCGUCUUCAAGGAGCCAAUUAAAGUCAGCAAAGAUUUGAUCGAUCUCUUCAGCUCCACCGUUCGCAUCGGAAACAGCACGUCAGCUCACAUGAUCAACGUGUACCGGAACGUCCAGCCAAGCCAAGCCGUUACAACCCAGCUCAAGAGCACAGCCUCCAAAGCCUCUUACUCCAUUAGCUUCCUAUCCAUCCUGGGAGCAAUCUACAGCAGGAUUUAAGUGAAGUCACGUCUCCUUCAUUAGGGCCAGUGAGAUUUCCCAGUCUCUCACACAAGUACACAAUAGCAGUCCCUGACCAACCUAACGGUCUUAGAUUAUUUGCAUCACCGAACUUCAAUCGCCUUUUGUCACCUUCCUCAUCACACAAGCCUGCCGACUUUGUCGUUGGCUGCUAUGUCAAAGCUACAUUGCAAUCCGAAGGGGUCAUAAACCCACCACAGCAGUCUGGUGAAGGGACGUGUCUCACAAGCUGUCAGCAGUUCGAGAACUGUAGAUGAAAAUAUGUUAACAUCCGUUGUCUAUAUAUACUUGUUUAGAAUCCACUCUGAAACCCCCAUAAUGUUAAAUUGAGUCUUGUUGGCUGGAGUGCAUUCAUCAGGGAAUAAAUCAGAGUAAUAUAACUGGCAUGCAGUCAGAGGUUAUCUCCAGGUUGUGUCGCCUUAUCACUGUGCCGGCAUCAAAUCGGUUCAUUACCGCUUACCUUAUUUUUGUAUUCAUUUAUUGUUUUUCUUCAUGCCCUGCGUUAGACUCUGUGUAGGUCACUGUUCUCAGGUGAAAUGAAGCUCGUUUGAAUCUAUGGAAGUCUAAAUCAUAAAUUUCUGUGCUGUUGGCAUAAUGAAGACCUCAUGUGAGUCACUCAUGGCAUGAUGUUGUCCUAUUUAUUGUCUCUGCCUCAUCUUGCAUGUUAAAACAUUGAUGUUCUGAUGUUGCCAAGUGAAUAUCUUAAAAACGAAA